AUUUCUAUUUAAUAAAACAGAGACAAAUGUAAAUAAAUGCUUCUCGCUAACAAUUCAGAAAUGUAUAAUAAAUACGUACCCGCCUUUUAUAUCCAUCCAUAUGGUAGAUACGCAAAAUGAUUUUGACUUGAAUUUGAAGAAUUUGGAAGAAAAUGAUGAAGGCAAGACUCGAGGCAUAUAGACGUAAAAAACAUAAAGAAGAAAUGAUAGAAUCGCUUAAAAGUUCAAUAAAGGGUGUUCUACCAUGGAACGGAAAUUCUGACGUAACUUUCGAAAGAUUGUCAAACGAAGAAGUAUCAAACGAAGAGACAGAAAAAUUAUGUCAGACUGUUGAAACGUCAAAUCAAAGAAAUAUAUCGAAAGAUAGAAUAGAGAAUUUAGAGAAUGCAGAAGAUUUAGAAAGUUUGAAAGAUGAUACAGAUAAUGCGCAAUGCAGUCUCAUAAAUAAAAUAAUAUAUUUCUUAUAUUUUUCUUUAUGGCUAACAUUAUAUAUAAUUGCAAUAGAGAUUGAAUUUGGAGCUGUAUAUUUUGUGAUAUCUGCAUUAGUAUUAAUUUGUUUAAAUACAAGAUCAAGACCUAAAAAGAAAGGUGAGCUAAGUGCUUAUUCUGUUUUCAAUCCAAACUGUGAAGCUAUUGAAGGAACUCUUGAUGCUUCCCAAUUUGAAAGAGAAAUUAGAUAUGGUGCUUCAAGCGUACAUUGACCAGAGAGACAAGGUAUAUUUAUAUUCUUAUUAAUCAAAGAUAGAUAUAUUUUCUACUUUUUUUUUCUUUUUUUUUUUUUUUUUUAUUUUUUUUUUAAUAUAUAAAUGUU